UCUCGGAGACCCAUCUGCAUCUGCUUCAGAGUGUGGACUGAGUCCAGAGACACCCCCAGACUUCUGAAUUGACUGAUAGAAUACCCAUGUGUUCAUGGACGUACUUCCUGUUUGGUCUUCAACAAAGACUCCCAUGUCCCUGCAGGCCCGUGCACCGUGUGAGGAGGAGUGCUGUGAAGUCUGUCUCCUCGUACCCAUCAAAAGGCCACGGCUUGCCUCAGACGAGGAGGACUCGGACCAUUCCAGCACCGAGGGGAGACACGGCCAGGACAAAGGCAAGGGCAAGCAUGCCCACCUCACGCCCCCAGCCACCUACCCUGAGGCUGCCCCGGAGUGCCACCUGGACACGUCGCCCGACUCUAGCGGCUCCGAGGACAACAAGGAUGACGAGGCACACCCUGGCAGCUCCAAGCACCUGCCCUCCUCACUGCUGGAUGGGCAAUCGACCUUGAGCCGCCCUGUGCACAAGUCCCAGCACAUCAAGCCGCUGCCGCUGCCCUUCAAGUCCUCCCUGUCUUCUCCUCGGCAGGAGGGCAAACACGCCGGCACCACCAAGAAAGUCUUUGAUCCCUUCUUUGGGAAGGUCAAGAGGAAACGCCCCAGAAACCCUAGCCACUUGUACAACCCCCAAGGGCGCCCCCUGGAGUACAAGAAUCUCCCCUUCAAGAUCCCUCACCCUCACAAAGUCCUGUCCCAGGUGACCGCCUAUUGCGACGCUGGCGAAGUCACCAAAGUCUUUCUGUUGCUGCACUUCACCCGGGGACACGAUGUCCAGGAACGGAUGGAUGCCUUUCUGCACAAACUCGCCACCUUUCCCAACGUGUCCUUCUCGACCGUGUUCAAUUUGCAUCACACACCGCCCAGAGACCACAAUCGGGCCACGGUGAAGGAGAUGACCAGCAAUGCCCUCCGUUCGCUGCGUGACACCUGGAUGCUGCCUCAGAGACCGUUGGCGGAGCCCGUCACCGGCUUGGGCCGCACCUCUGACUUCAGGACGCUGCUCAUCCAGUGUGCCACCCCCUAUGAGCUGUUCCACAUCACCAAGGAAGCCCUCAAAGUCUGUUUGGCCAUGCCCAAGAAAGUCUGCGUCCGCACCUGUAAGUGUGACCAAGGGUCCAUGUUGCUGAGUCUCUAUGAUGACACUGUUGCAGCCUACAUGCGCUAUCUAUAUGAGGACUCAGAGAGCAGCUCUGACGAGGACUGAGUAAGUAAGGAAAAAGUAAGAACAGAAAUCCCACAUGACCCAGCAAUUCCACUUCAUGGCAUUUACCCACUAAACACACAAACAUUAAUUCAACAAGAUAAAUGCACAUCUCUUUUUUAUUUUUUUUCACUGCAGCACUUAGUCUAAUAGUCAGGAGGUGUCUGAGGACAGAGGAAUAAAGAAGUUGUAAUUUGUAAGAAAAGAUGAAACAAUGCUGAAAUGCAGACGUAAGUGCAGGGUAUUCUGCUAAAUGAACUAAGCCAGAAGGAGCACAAAUACUUGAUAAUCGCCUUCAUCUGUGUAAUAUAAAGAGACAAAAGAAGGGAACUGAUAGUGCUGAACAAUGAAAAAACCUUUGGCCCUGGAUUAUGAAACUGAUUACCAAGCAGUGGGGGGUCAAGGUGGCGCAGGAGGAUGAUGAAGAUCACAUAAAAGAUGAUACAGGCACUAUGGUGGAGGUUCUUGGGCACUUUGGUGGUCGUAGAAACUAUACACAUCAGUAACAUAAGCUUUAACACUAUUCUAACCAAUGUUCCCCAAAAUAUAAUAAAAGCUAAAAUAAAAUAAAAAUCU